AUGCCGGUUGAGGUAUUGGUUUUAGAACCUGGGCGAGAGCAUCUCCGGGUGCUCCAUCCCAUUCCACAGGGAUUCAACAAAUUGAGCAACGGCAUUACUAGAUGCAUUAACCAAAUGAUGUAUUUCAUGCUCCGCAGAGGAUAUCUGACCUACAGUGCGAUGCCUAACGACGAACGCGAGUUGUAA